GAAAACAGGGGGAAAUGAGCAUAUCACUUCAAGAAUUUCGACUCAUCGAACAAGCCAGAGAGAGAGUUAACACUAUUACUCUCCUCAAACACGCCAAUAGGCAUACAAACCAUAAACAAAGCUACACAUAAUUAGGGCCCCACUCUCUGACUGAGAAGACUCUUGUGUCCCCUUUCUCCCAUAUUAUUUCCCCACUACUUCCUCCUCUCCUACUUCUAUUCCCUUCCUCACUUUUUUCUCUGCUUAUACUAUCAUUAAUUCUCUCUCUGUUUUGCCAACUUAUUCUGGAGAAGAAAAAAAAAACAUGAAGUUAUUCAAUUGGGUUCAUAAACGGUUUCAUCAUGAUCCCCUCCCAAAGGAUCACGAGUACUUUGCUCGAAAAGUGGAAAAGAGUGGUGAUGAUGAAUUACUUCAUCAUAGCAAUGAUAAGGACACUCAAGCAUUACUGAAAAAAGUUGUCCUAAUCGAUGCACUUGAUGGUUGGAAAGAUGGCAUUUUAGCAAUAGGGACGUUUGGUUUUGAUCCUCGAAAACCAUUGAACCAGCAAUGUUAUUCACAGAAAGAGUAUCUGGUUCUGGAAAGCGAGGAGGAAGAAGACAAGGAUGAAGAAUUUUCAGUUGAUGAUGUUGAAGACAGUAGUCAUGAUAGUGAUGUUGAUGAAGAAGACAGCAUGAGCGAUGAGACUUGUGCCGAGGAUGAAGAAGAAGUAAACCCUUUGAUGUUCUCAGCUCUUGGACUUGGACACAGUUUUAAUAAAGAUAAUAAUAAUAAGGAUGUUGUAGCCUCUGAUCAGAAAAUUGACGAAGACCAUCAUGAUCGUGUUCUUCUGUCAUCACUUGAUAAUGGUAGUGUUUCUGUGGCUUCGAAAGAUGAAGAGAAGAAGAAAGUUGGAAGAACAACGCUGGCCGACUUGUUCUUGGCCGAUGGUGAUGUUAAAAUGAAGAAUAGUAUUGAUUCUGGGAAAGUUUUGGCUGACCAUCAUCAUGAAGAGACCAUUAAUAAGAAAAUGAAUAAUGUUCGAACCAAGAAAAGCCUCUCUUUUGCUAAGAAACUCAUUCCUCGAGUCAAGGAAGAGAAAAGUCCAAUUAAGAAUCUACAACGAAUGAUGCGGAGGAUGUUGAAGAGGAAGAUCCAUCCUGAGGCACUUGAUGGGAAGGUCAACAAAUCAGAGGGUCAGAAAGGUCAACAACUUGUCGCCAACACGCCAAAGAAAGCCUCCGAAUCAGUGUCUUUGCUCGCAAUGCAAGGUUUAACAAUCUGAGCUGUGAGAGAUUACUGCAUGGAUUUCUUGCUAGCAUAAUUGAUCAUGGAUUAACUAUUGUCGUUGCUAUUAAGUAACUCAUCUACAGUGGGGGGCGAUUAUAACUAGGCUUUAAUAUAAAUGUAUAUUUAUAUAUGAAACCGUACUUUGGAAGCAUGUGUGAUUAAUUAUAUAUGAUAUUAUGUUUUUUUUUGGAACAUAAUUGUGAUAUUAUGUUUAUUUGUAAUAAUUUUUCUGAAUGUUUUUGGCAUUUUGAAAUUUAUCAUAUUUAUUGUUGAUUAUUAUGAUUGCAAUUAAAGUUGUGUCGUUUUUGACAGC